AUGUCUCUACUAGAAUUUCCUCCACUGAAUUCAACGGGAAAACCAUAUGUUUUGCAAGAAUACAAUGGCCGCUUGUUGACUGGAAGUACUGAAGAAUUUCGCAAAAUGGCAAAAUGUCCGAUUACCCCUUUGUCGAGAGAGCUCAUCUUAACAGUCUCCAGCACUCUAUAUCUAAAAGCGAUGUCGCUGACGCUUAUGGAAAAAGAUGGCAUAACCGGUGUCAUUGAUCAUGUCGCAAACAUCACUGAAGACAGUAAGCUCUGGCCGAUCGCUAAACUCGGCAGAGGGGUGUUGCGAGUGCGAAACGGAUUUGCCAGCAUGGCAGCUCGAGUUCUUCCUUCUAUGGGACAAGAGCGUAUUGAAGAACUUUUGCACCAGUACAGCACUACAAUGAACUGGAAAAAUAACUGGCUGAGGUGUGUGGCUGUACACGACGAGGGACGGCGUCUUGCACUAUGUCAGAAUAACAACUACAUUCGGGUCUAUAACAUCGGUCGGAGUCAAAAAACACCGCUGACCUUGAAGCAUCCGCUGCAGAACAACGUUGCAUGUAUGGCGUGGGAGCCGUUCGAUCAACGCGUGCUUGCUGUCGCAGCAAACAAUAGAAUCCUUAUCUGGAGGCUCAGUGUGAAAGCUGCCAACAUUAAGCCGUCUGUACGUUGUGCUCAAGUUAUCGAGUUACCUGCCAUGCCCAUCAGUCAAAUUGUUUGGGAUCGCACAACAACAAACGUUUUAUUGGCAGUUUCGCCCAACAGCAGCAAAAUUAUGAUCGUUGACAUUUCUACUGGUGAGGUAGAUUGCUUUGGUGCAUGGACUGGUGGGAACGUUACGCGAAUCGUGCCAACACUUGAUGGUCGUCGGUUGGCUGUUCUGUACACAGGAAAUGUUAUAAGAGUGUACGAUCGUAGUACAUGGCGCGAGGAGAAAUGGAGUGGUUUGGCAGGUCGAGCAGUUAGCGCAGUCUGGUCGCCAUCAGGAGAUUCUCUGGUGUUUUCAUCCGAGAAUAGCUAUAAUCUCUAUGCGAUUCCAUUCGUUGCUAAAAAUGAAUUGAAUGAAGACGGAAUUGUCGAAACACGAUGGACCGGUGACACUCGUGCCGUUCCAAUAUUCGAUCUUUCACCAGUCGAGUUUGAUCCAUCAGAGCUUGAAGUCGAAGGAGCUGUUGAAAGAGAAAUUGUUACGAUUGGUGGAAGGGUUCACAGUUUGACCUUGAGUCCUGAUGGGCAAAGACUAGCAGUCAAAAAUCCACCCGUCAUGGCUUUGUUCAUUGUUGACUGGCUACCGACUGUGAGACUUACUCCAAGCGGUUUUGUGGAAGCUCCUCUGUACGGUCACCCGUCUAUACAUUUUUUCCUGCCCAAGUUCAGUAGCGGGGCUAUGCUCGCCAUUGCCAUAGAAUUACGAGUGACUCACUGCGCUCAUCAGAAUUGCCAAGUGGGUGCCGAGAUCGAUCACCAAGUGAAGAGAUCGUUCUGUUCUCGGAACGAUUCCGACCGAGCAGAUCUACUGAGUCGCAGCGGAAAUUAA